CACCUCCGAUGCUCUAGAGCAUCAAAGAAUUUUAUUUGGGUUUUGAAAGAGGGGAAAAGAAAAGAAUAUCACAAUGGAAGGAUGCAUACAAGUGCGUCGCACGUGUAGUUCUUACUCGUAUGAAUAUCCACUUGAAAAGAGCGGCAGAGUAAUGGAGCAGCUCUCCCCUUACCUCUGUCUCUAGCUAUCUGUCUGCUUGCUUUCUGGGAGAAGACGGAUGACGAUGGCUACUGUAAUUCAAUCUCCACCGUCCUUCAACCGUGGCUUCUGUUGCCCCUCAUCUUUCAGACCCAACAGUCCCUUCACCACCAAUAAUGGUAGAGCAACUGCUCCUUUAACCAGAAGAAGAAGGUUAUCAAUCUCUGCCAAGUAUGUCAGGGAGGACUAUCUCAUUAAGAAGGUGAGUUCUAAAGAGGUGCAAGACCUUGUGAAGGGGGAAAGGAGCAUUCCGCUCGUUGUUGAUUUCUACGCGACAUGGUGUGGGCCCUGUAUACUCAUGGCCCAGGUGCUCGAAACGCUUGCUGUGGAAUAUGAGAGCAAUGCGUUGUUUGUGAAGGUGGACACGGACGAUGAGUACGAGUUUUCCCGUGAUAUGCAGGUUCGUGGGUUGCCGACGUUGCUUUUCAUAAGUCCGGAUCCAAGUAAGGAUGCGAUUCGAACUGAAGGACUUAUACCGAUAGAGAUGAUAAGGAAUAUCAUCGACAAUGAAAUUUGAGGAAUCCAUCUCUACAUUGCUUCAAUGAUGGUGAUGUCAUUGACAUCAAUUUGGUGAAUUUGAAGAUUCAUCUGACCAGGGAUGAUUGUCCAUCAUUGAGCGCAUCUCAGCAAUUGAUAUCUGUCAACUAGCCCUGCAGCGUUUAGUAGCCUAAGUCAAUUGAGUUUGUUCAAAAGGGAACGCAAAAGUUUAUUUUGUGAUGUUUAAGUGCUGAUUGUAUCAAAUUUUUGUCUCUC